AUGGCAAACAGAGGAAUAUCGUGGGACCCGUUGGUGCAUAGCAUUCAAGAUUUGAAGGAAGAAGGAAGCAAAAGACUACCAAAGAUGUACCGAGGCAAGUACACCUACACUCAGGAGCCUUUAUUUAUAUUGGGCAAUGCAGACUACUAUAACGAGGGUGCUAUGGAUUUAAUCACCUUGCGAGAAAACGAAGAAGCGUUCAACUACUUCAAGAUUCAACCUCGUAUUCUUGUCAAUGUAGACAAUGUCGAUAUAUCCGGCGAGAUUUUCGGGUUCAAGACAGCUUUGCCUUUGGCCAUCGGCCCCGCGGCGAUGCAUAAACUUGCACACCCAGACGGCGAGCUUGCAACAUCUCGGGCUGCCGCCAAUAUAGGCGUCUGCAUGGGUCUGUCCUCGUAUGCGACAGAAUCAAUUGAGAAUGUCGCAGCAGUGGGGAAGGGCAACCCGUAUGUGAUGCAGCUUUCUGUGUUGAAAGAUCGAAACACGACGCUUCAGAUGCUGCAAAGGGCAGAGGCCUGCGGAUACAAGGCAGUAUUCCUAACUUCGGAUGUCCCCAUGUUGGGAAGGCGUCUCAACGAAUACCGCAACAGCUUCAUUCUCCCCGACGACAUGUCAUGGCCCAAUCUGCUCUCUGAUGGCAAGAGUGAGCUUAAUGGGUCAGCUAACCGUGGUGCAAAUGGCGAGGAGAUCAUUCGACGUCUUAACCACGACUACGAUGCUUCCUUGGACUGGGCAACGGCCAUUCCUUGGUUGCGAAAGCACACGAAACUACAAAUCUGGGUCAAGGGUAUCUACAGCGUCGACGAUAUGCAAGCUGCUAUUGAAUACGGCGUAGAUGGCGUCCUCAUCUCCAAUCAUGGUGGCAGGCAGCUCGACGGGGUUCCCGCCACCAUCGAUGUCUUGCGACAGUGUGCCCCAGUGGCGGCUGGUGCAAUCCCAAUUGCUCUAGAUGGCGGCAUUCGACGAGGUACCGACAUCUUCAAGGCGCUUGCAUUGGGCGCAUCUCACUGCUUUGUUGGUAGAAUCCCUAUCUGGGGCUUAGCGUAUAAUGGGCAAGAGGGCAUUGAGUUGGCCUUCAAGAUUCUCAUGCACGAAUUCAAAGUGGCAAUGGCUUUAGCAGGGACCGUGUCUGAUAUCACCCGCGAUCGGAUUUCUUACAAAAAGUCUGACGGAAGUUUGGCAAGACUUUGA